AUGGUGCCUACAGUCGGGCUGCUCACGCUGCCCACAGAGCUGCUGCUGCUGCUCGCCGAGUCGUUCCUCGACCAGACCGACAUCAGCAGGCUGGUGUGCACGAACCGCUACCUUAGCAACGUGCUGUGGGAGCCGCUACUCCAGAACAACAUCGCUCACCACGGCAGCACAGCGCUGCUCUGGGCCGCCGCCAACAACCACACCGACUUCGCGCAGCAGCUCAUCCAUCUCGGCGCGAAUCUGGAAACUUCGCCGCAUUUUCUGGAACGCGCCAACAUCCCACGUGUUGGGCGUUACUGGGGCCGCAAUGUUCCCAACAGCGGCAGCUCGACGCCACUAUGCUAUGCCGUGCAGCGUCGCAACUUGGCCAUGGUUGAGCUCCUUGUUGGAGCUGGUGCGCUUGUCGUUGCUUUGCGCGGUGUCGGGUAUGGGCCUUUUGAGUAUGCGUAUGCGGCUAAGAACUCUGCUAUCAUCGACGUUCUUAUGAGCCAGCUGUGGACGAUCGAUGCUCCUGUUGGACGUAACGGCGAGACACCCUUGCAACUUGCUUGCCGCAACCGUUACGUUGACGGCGUGCGGCGUCUGCUGGAGCAAAAGGCGGAUCCAAAUGCGAAGAACGUGGUGCCAAAGGAGCGCUUCGGUCAUGUUCGCUCGUUGCUGGAUACUACGAGUCCGGGGUUCUAUACCUACGACCGAUUCGACUUGCCGACUGGAAAUCCACGGGACGAUGCCCUGGCGAUCCUGAGGAUGCUGUUCAACUGUGGGCUGGACCCAGAUGAAUCGUGUCGCUGUCGCUUGUUCAGAGUGGACCCAAGAGCGAGAGCAUUGCUGGAGAAGAAGAGUUCGUCCUCGAGUAGGGACAGGAAGCGCAGGUCGCAAGAGCAUCAGCGAGGUUUCCGUGGAGCGUUUGGACUGCAAAAGAAGCGCCGCUGA